CCCCCGCCCCCACCUCAAACUCUGCUGCUUUUUGCAAAAGUUCCUGCUUGGGGACCAGAGAAGAGGCUAACGGAAAGGAUGUUGAAGACUAUAAAACAAGCUCUUUUUUCUUCUGGCUUGGAGAUGCCUAAAUGGACUGCAUUACCAAAUCAGGCAUCCGAUUAUGAAAUUCGACAGUAUGAAUCUGCCAAAUGGGUGUGUACAUCUCUUAAAACUGUAGAUUGGGAUGCAGCCAUCAAUGCUGGCUUCAUGAAGCUCUUGAACUAUAUUAAAGGCAAGAAUGAAAAAGGAACAAAGAUACCUAUGACAGCUCCAGUGACAUGCUAUGUCCAGCCAGGAGCUGGCCCGUUCUCUGAGUCCAUCACAACAGUUGCCUUUUAUUUGCCAUCUCAGCACCAGGCAAACCCACCCAGGCCUUCAGAAGCAGAGGUCUUCAUCGAAACUAAGCCAGCAAUGACGGUCUUUGUCAGAUCAUUUGGAGGAUUUGCUAAAGCCAAAAGAAAUCAAGAUGAAAUACAGGCACUUGCUGAAACUUUAAGGCGGGAUGGAAGAACAUUUCAAGAAAAGAUCUAUUAUACAGCUGGUUAUGACAGUCCAUUUAAGUUACUAAACAGGCAUAACGAAGUUUGGCUUGUCAAAAGAACCUAAAAUCUUUCUAUAGCAACACAGAUUAUAAGUAUUAACUUUUAAAUGCUUAAUUUAAAAGGGAGUAGUUUUCCUUAUAUAUGAAAGCUGGGUUUUUGUAUAUUUCUAACAUAUUUCUCCACUGUUACCAUUGCCUAAAUUUCUAUGCCGAUAUAAAAAUGAUCUUUUUUUCCUCCUAAAGUAUGGCUGGUAAAGUAAUGCUAAUAAUUAUAAUAUUUAUAAACCUUGAAAGUGUGAUCAAUUCUGUUUUGUAGGAAAUUAACUGAACUUUCUACAAAAACAGUAACAAUGCUUAAGCCUUUUUUUUACUAAAUUGGAGGCUUAAUCUGGGGAUUUAGGAAAUUUGAAAGGCAGGUAAAGCAACCUAGAAUCUCCAUGAAUCUCGUUGUGGUUUCUAGAGUUUUGUUUUUCUUCAUUAGAAGGCAAACUGUUAAAUUGCAUUAUUUUGCUGCUGAUCUUUGCUGCAAAAUCAAGCAUAAUGACUUUUGACAGUCUUGACACACUAAUUAAAUGAAAAGCCAUCUCAAAUUCCCCCCCCCCCUUCCACAGCUAAAGGAAAAGGGGCAGAAAGUUAUGUCCCUCUUGCAUUACCAUAUUCCUUUGGGGGUGGGGGGAAUUAAAAGGCUGCACUUUUGAGCUGGCCAAGAAAGAAGUUACUUAGGUAAGCCAGGAGAUCCUAUCCGCUUCCUCCUUUAGCUGUUUUGGAAAUGUUACCUAAAAGGUAAGCUAGUUAAUGCCGAUCCCUAGCUUCCUUUUGAAACAAAUACUGGUCUGAGGAUUUUUAAACACUUUCUACGUGUCCUGUAAAUCAGGGGUUGCUGAAUUGGGGAGGCACUUGUGGACUGUUUAGGGGCAGUUUUUAGGGUGAGAAUGAGAGCAGCUUGCUUCACAGAGGCGUCCCCAUUCCCUUUCAUCUCCUCAAAAUAUUGACUGGGGACCUUAAUUCUUUGAACUUUGCCAAUGCUUCUUCUGAAUAAUUAUUGAAUAUAUAGGUAGUUCUUGUUUAGCAAUUGGAUCUAGCAGCUCAGUCAUUAAGUGAAGUGGUUGCUAUGUGAAAACCAUGUAACUGCUUGUGAUUUGGGUUCAACUUUCCUUUCCCUCCUCCCUCACCUUUUGCAAUACUCAUCUCAGUGCUAGAAUAAUUAACUAGAGUGCAAUUUGUAUUUACAUUCAUUAAGAGAAAAGUAAGCAGGCGCAUAAUAGGCGAUAGACAUUAAAAGGAAAAGCAGGUCGGCUGUUGUGCUUGCAGCUGCUUAGGAGGCAAAGAAAAGCCCUCCAUGUGAAACUAUAUUAGGAUCUUGUCAGUUUCAGAGUGAGCUGGACUGUUCUAAUCAAAUUAUAAAGAUCACAGAGCUGUUACUUGUAGUUAGGACUUUGGAGGAAGUUCUAUGCAUGGACAAAAGCAGUUCAGGAAAUAUUGUAGCUUGUUUUAAGCAAUCUGCAACGGGGCAAGGAAAGGAAAAAACAAAUCAACCAAAGGAUAAAGUAAUAUAGUGCUGACUGACUGUUGUGACAAACGCAUGACUUGAUAGAGAUGCUGCAAAGGUCAUAAAUGUAGGCAUUAGUUGCUAUUACAUUUCCAACACUGUCAUAACUGCAAAAGGUCCCUGUUUGAGGCAGUCGCUGAAUGAAGGCUACCUGUACUUAAGAAGGAAUAUCCUUAAUUGAAAAACCAGAUUCCAGUUGAUUGUUACACUUUGAUGCCACAAUGUAUGUAAGUUAUCACUCACAUCAGAAAUGGGCUGCACUUACAUUAACAACUGGUUCACUGGUUGUGAACUCACGCACGCACGCGCCUCUUUGGGGCUGAAACAUGGCUUCAAACAUGUAGCUAACCUACUCGGGCAGCUCCAGUGAGUACAGCAGGUGCAACGCAGAACUCAUCUGAGCAGUGGGGGAACAAGCAGAAAGUUAGUUAUAUAUGGAAAGGAUAGUGCAGCGGUGAGUGAGCAAGCCCAGCCAGUGAUCACAACUACCGGUUAGCCCGAAACAGUCUGACCAGGCAUCAGCCCACCGAUUCACAUGCUCUAAAUAUUUAAGUAUAUUCAUGCCUGAAGGAGUUGAUUAUGCUUAGGUUCGACUGACGCUCGUUUGUGCUUUGCUUUUUGGCACAAAUAUUUGUGAGCUCUUGAAAGCUAUAGUGGAGAGAAUUCAGUUAACCGGCCCACUAGAGUUCAAUGCUAUUGUCUUCCAUAUAGCAUGCAGUGAGUCAUUCUACCACGGAAACCUGCAAUAUUGCCCAUCCAUCUCACUACAGUGAAAAGUAGCCUAACUUGGUCAGAUAACGAUGGCCCUUCCAAACUUUUACAUUAAUGCAUUAUUAAUGUAUGAUUCCCACUUUUAUUGCAUUAUAAGCUGUGCAUUUUUAUUCCUGAAAGUUUAUAAAUUGUUCAGUUUUUUUUAAGGAUUAAUGUAUAAUUCAAUCCUGGUACUUCAGCUAUAAUACUUGUCAUGGAUCUCCCAGUUAUCCUGUAUUUUAUUCAGUAUAAUGUGGAAAACUACUAAUUGUAUUGUGGCUUCUAAAUGAAAUUGUAUUGUAUACUGUUUCUUCCUCUUGCUUGUGUAUACAGAUAAUCGACUUAAAGCCAGUAGCUUAGUGACUCUUUGAAGUUAUAACAUUCUCCAAGGCUACUUACAACUCAGAUUUUAAAUUCUAAUGGCCACUCCCAUCACAUGGUUGCAUUUUGGAUGCUUAGUAACCAGCCUACCUUUAUGGUCAUUUGCAGCAUCCCAGUCACAUGACCAAUUAUGCCUUUUUU